AUGUCGGUUUGGUCGGCCAGUACAGCUGCAAAUAAUUACCACUCGGGAUUGCCAGGCGGACAUUACGGUUUCUCUAAUAACUGGUGUCCAAAAUUGAGCAAGGUAUUGGCAGUUUUGUGGCACACUGAAGCAGAGGAUUUUUCCACUAAUUAUUGUCUUACAACACACAAGUGCGUCAUGUCGGGGGAGACACCAAUACAGUCGGCCGAAGGCUUCCACACCCCUGCUUACCUCUCAUGGAGGAAACUGCAGCUCAGCAGAGCCAAGCUCAAAGCUUCCAGUAAAACUUCCGCACUGCUCUCUGGUUUCGCUAUGGUAGCGAUGGUGGAAGUGCAACUGAAUCCGCCAAACGAAUCGAAGGUGCCUACUGAAAUGUUAGUGGCUUUCACAGUAUGCACAACAUUACUCGUUGCUGUACACAUGUUAGCUCUAAUGAUAAGUACGUGCAUCCUACCGAACAUCGAAGCCGUCGGGAAUCUACACAGUAUAUCACUAGUACACGAAUCACCACACGAAAGACUACAUUGGUACAUCGAAAUCGCAUGGGCCUUUUCUACCCUCCUCGGACUUAUUCUGUUCCUUAUAGAGAUAGCUAUACUUUGUUGGGUUAAGUUCUACGAUUUGAGUACGACAGCUGCAUGGUCCGCGUGUGUUGUACUUGUCCCAGUCAUGAUAGUGUUCCUAGCUUUUGCUAUCCAUUUCUAUAUGUCCCUAGCGAGCCACAAAUACGAAGUGACAGUCACAGGUAUAAAGGAACUGGAAUCUAUGCAGGAACAGAUUGAAUUGGGCCACCACGACGCCCGCAUGAAUAAGUUGACAUUGCUAGAUCAAAGUCGCAUUGUGUGA